AUGAAGGUUAUUGGGUCGACUUUCAUCACUAGCAACAAGACCCGUCUUCUCUACUCUGAUUCAAAAGGUAACCUCGAUUCCGCCAUUCCAACCAUUGGAAUCAGGAGAGAAAAGAGGGGAAUCAACGAUAAAAUCAAUCUUCCAGAAAUCUCUAGUGAUGUUGAAGUAGAGAUGUUUCGAUUAUUACUCCAGAAACCGAUAAAAUCAUUACUCCAGAAACCAGACAGAAAACUAAAAUACUCAAGAAACCCACCUGAAACCAGAAAUACUCAUCAGUUAUGUAGAUUUGGCAGUCAAUGA